GGAUCUAGAGGCGGCAGUUUGCUUGUGCACAGCCAUAAGAGCAAAUGUGUUGGGAAUAAAUCUGAAUGUGCCACUCUCACUUAGCCUUGUUCUCAACAACUGUGGAAGGAAUCCUCCUACUGGCUUCACUUGCUAAGCCGAAGUACCCGAUUAAUAUUAUUAAUCCUCAUUCUGCUUUUGUUAUGUCAGUCAUUUUGGCGUUUGCAUGAAUUUUGUUUAUGAUCACUUUGUCACUUGUGUUAUGCUAACGGUUCUAAAUAAGCGAACUUGCAAAAUAAAAUAGCAGGAUCGUAAAGCCCAAUUGAUUUUAUAUAUGUACUUUGGAGGUUUAUUAAUAUAUCUACUAUCAAUUUCUGUUUCAUAAGCAUAUUUGUGGAUUUUGUUUGACUUGUCUAUGGUCUUAAGAUGGUUGGCCAUGAGAACUAUUUGUCCGCAGAUCUCUUGUGAUAAUUAAAAUGUGCAAUUAUUUU